GAGUGAUCAGCUUGAGUUGUCCCAUUGAAAAUAGGAUAAUAAGGGCAAACAAAUAUUUACUACUACACUGAUUAUUACGUCAGUUCAUGAUAGAGUACACUGUUGCCUAUAAAGAAGACGGCUGUUAUGGGAAGAUACUGUACUGGACAGCAAGUUAUUUGUGACUAACACAUGGGAAAAUUCAUGAGAGGAAAAACAAAGUGAAAGUGUGCCCAAGUAAACUGUCUGGAGAAUUGAUAAGUGAGUGUGAAAUAUAGGAAGAUCUCAAGUUGCUGACAACUACGUUACAUUAAGUAUAUAUCUGUGAAGCAAACCGAGGAGCAUCAUGGCUGCCAGUUUAAGAUGUAUGUCACGCCGUUGGAGGGGAGCAUCGUGGAAGAAUGGUUACCAAAUAUAUUUAUUGGAAGUACAGAGUAGUUUCUCACCAGAUGCAAGGGUACACACGUUAUUCGCACGUGGUCAACCGACACACAAUCGCCUCUUUAAAGUCACAGCUUCGACAUCUGUCAAACACCAUGACAUCGAGCAGGCUCACUACCAGGUGCAAACAGAGAAACCACUGAAGGCGUUUAGAAAGAGGAAGGCAUCCUUGGUGAUAUUCGACAAGGAUGGAACGAUGAUAUGUUUUCAUGCAAUGUGGGGGCCAUGGGCGAGAAUUGUGGCUAAAAAAAUUGAAGAAGGCUCUGGCCUGAAAAUAGCAGACAAAGUGUAUGAAGUGUUUGGCUACUGCAACCAGAAGAACAUCGUAGAGCCAGGAGUGCUGGCGGAGGGCACGUCAGCCAUGGUGAAACAAAGGCUUCAAAAUUUACUGGUGUCUGAAGGGAUAGACAAGGAGAGGGCAGACCAGAUUGUCAAGGACAGCUACGUUGAGGCUGACCACACGAGUAAAGAGUCAUUACGACCUCUCGAUGACUUGCAUACCCUCUUUAGGGUGCUCAAAGAGCACGAUAUGAAGAUCGCAAUAUGCACAUCAGACUCGAGGUACGGAACGCUUCAGUCAUUGGAAAGUUUGGGACUCUUAUCGCAGAUAGACAGACUGGUUUGUGGGGAUGAUAUAGAUAAUAUCCCCAAACCAGCUCAGUAUAAUGCAAAUAUGAUCUGCAGUGAGUUGAAUGUGGACCCCUCAGAGGCGAUCAUGGUUGGAGAUUCUCUUGCUGAUGUUGGCAUGGGACGUCUGGCUAACCUGGGCGGAAGUAUAGGGGUCAGCACAGGUGUGACCCCCAGGGAGGAGCUGGAGCCCCAUGCUGAUGUGGUGGUGGACCGCCUGAUGGACAUUGUCCCCCUCAUUUUACCAGCUGAGGUCCACACAAACUACUCCCUGGUGGCCGAAGAUGGACAGGUGUGCUAUCCACCUCAGACUGGAGCUGACCAGAGAGGAGUGGUCAAGCCCAGGCGGUCAGUGGCUAUCAGACCUGGUAAGAAGGCCUCACUGGUCAUCUUUGAUAAAGAUGGCUCCCUGGUGUACUUCAAUAGUUACUGGCCAGAGUGGAUCAAGAAACUGAAACAGAGACUGGAGGUCAACAGUGGCCUGAACCUUGGAGACAAGGUGUACUCCAUGUUGGGGUUUUGCACAGAGAGCGGCAAGUUUGGUCCUGGACUAUGGGCGGAGGCCACCCACUCAGAGAUGUGCCACCGAUUAGAAGAUAUUCUCUGUGAUCAGGGCAUGUACAGAUAUAGGGCCAAGCAAGUGAUAGAGCAGAGCUACAAUGAAUGCAGUGACUCCAGCCACUAUGAGAGUGCAAAACCUGUGGGGAACCUUGUAGCCAUGUUUAAGACACUGAAAGAAUAUGGCGUCAAGAUAGCCAUUUGUACCUCCAAUCCUAGAGAUGUCACGCUGAAUAUCUUCAAAGAACUUGGCAUCAUGCCUUACGUGGACACCAUGGUGUGUGGCGAUGACCGCGACGGUCUCUUCAAACCAUCCCCUGAUGCUGUUAGGAAGAUUUGCGAGUGUCUUGACGUUAAUCCAUCAGAGACUUUUGUGGUUGGGGACACCAUGUCUGAUAUUGGCAUGGGCAAGAUGGCGAAUGUCGCCAAAACGGUGGGGGUGUUGACAGGAGUGAGUAGCGCGGAAGAUCUCGAGUCACAUGCUGAUCAUGUGGUGCCUAGUAUCAGGGAGGUCCUGGGGCUGUUGUUGCCGGAGGAUCAUCGCCAAAUCCUGGAGCAGCAUGAAGCAGAGCUGGACCAAUCAGAGGUUAAAGAUUCCAGGGUGAACUCCUCUGCCGUCAAAGGCUCUGGGAAAGUAGGCAUAACAAACCAGCAGAAGCGAGGGUUUUUGACUUCAUCAGGGAAUCAUGUCUCUUCAUCACAACGCCAGUACUCUACCUCUGUCUCCUCAGGUGCUGACACCUACGACUAUGUAAUUGUUGGCGCUGGAUCAGCAGGGUGUGUGUUGGCCAAUCGGCUGUCAGUGGACCCAAACAACAGAGUCCUGGUCCUGGAGGCAGGGCCGGAGGAUAAGUGGUGGAACUGGAAAAUCCACAUGCCUGCAGCCUUGAUGUACAACCUGUGUGAUGACAAGUAUAACUGGUACUAUCAUACUGUUCCUCAAAAGCACAUGAACGACCGUGUCAUGUACUGGCCUCGUGGUCGUGUUUGGGGAGGCUCCUCUGCCCUCAACGCCAUGGUCUACAUUCGUGGACAUGCAUAUGACUACGACAGGUGGGAGAAAGAGGGCGCCGCUGGUUGGUCCUACGCUGACUGUUUGCCUUAUUUUCGCAAGGCGCAGACCCAUGAUGAUUGCGGGGCUGAUGAGUACAGAGGAGGUGAUGGACCUCUGCAUGUGUCACACGGGAAAACUAACAACCCUUUGUUCAAGGCUUUUGUGGAUGCAGCACUACAAGCGGGCUACCCCUACACUCCAGAUAUGAAUGGCUACCAGCAGGAAGGCUUCGGCCCCAUGGACAUGACCAUACAUAAUGGCAAACGCUGGAGCGCCUCCCAGGGGUACUUACGUCCAGCCCUUGACCGCAGUAACCUGACCGUCCAGUCCCUGGCCAUGACUCACCGUGUGCUGUUUGAAGGAAACAGAGCCGUUGGUGUGGAAUACAAGCAGAAGAAAGGGGCAGAGCUGAAGCAUGUAAGAGCAGAGAAAGAAGUUAUUCUGUCUGGUGGAGCCAUCAACUCUCCUCAGCUACUGAUGUUUUCUGGUGUGGGCGACGCUGACGACCUGAAAAAGUUGGACUUACCUGUGGUACAGCACCUACCUGGGGUGGGACAGAACUUACAGGACCACCUGGAGGUGUACUUUCAGCAGGAGUGCUCCCAGCCCAUCACCCUGUACAGUGCCCAGUGGAAGUUCCCACACAAUAUGAUCCGUAUAGGUCUCCAGUGGUUCUUGACCCAGAAAGGCUGGGGGGCCUCGGCCCACCUUGAGACCGGGGGUUUUAUACGGACUCGACCAGGCCUCGAGCAUCCCAAUAUACAGUUCCACUUCCUCCCGUCUACCGUCAACGACCAUGGGCGCAAGAUGGGCGACCGCCAUGCUUUUCAGUGUCACAUGGGUACCAUGAUAUCUCCGAGUCGAGGGUAUUUGAAGCUAAAAUCAGCCAACCCCUACGAUCACCCCAUUCUCGACCCCAAUUACAUGUCCACUGAGGAAGACUGGGUGGAUUUCAGGGCUGCUGUGCGUCUGACCAGAGAGAUAUUUGCGCAGAAAGCCUUUGAUCAGUUUAGAGGGCCGGAGUUGUUGCCGGGUUCCCAUGUUACCACUGAUGAGCAGAUUGAUACCUACAUUAAGAAUUACGGUGACAGUGCCUAUCACCCAUCAUGCACCUGCAAAAUGGGUGCUGAGGACGACAAAAUGGCGGUGGUGAACAACAAAGCGCAGGUGUUUGGUAUCGAGAAUCUUCGCGUGGUGGAUGCCUCCAUCAUGCCAAGCGUGGUCAGUGGAAAUCUGAAUGCGCCGACCAUCAUGACAGCAGAGAAGUGUGCCGAUAUCAUUUUAGGCAAUCCCCCUCUUCCACGAUCCACGGCAAAAGUAUGGAGACCGAAAUCUUUGGAUACUCAAAGGACAACUGAGGGAGUUGAUGAUUAGCUUGUCUUCCUGCAUCAUGUUUUAGAGACCAUGCUAAUUGAUGUAUUCGGUGAUAUUUAUAAGUACCAAAGGAUUGGAAAUUCUUGGAGACUAACAGGACUCGUGAUGGAGUUGGCGAUUAGCUGUACUGCCUGUUACAGUACCAUGUUUUAGCGAUGAAGUCCACAUAAGUUACUUGAUUUAUUUAUUUUUAUUUAUUUAUUUGAUUCUUUUUUAUUUUUACAAGAUCUCCAUCAGUUAAUUUGGGAUGUAUACGGGAAAAGAAAAUUAACUGAAGAUGUGUCCAGAAAUAUCUUUCCAUAUUGUGAUUUUUACUGCUAAUAUUUAGCAGAAUUUUUGUUUUAAAGUGUUAACUCUAAUUUGUUCGCAUAAUUGAAAGCAUAAUUUGAAAAAACUGCUGCUAGUGGCUUUUGGACAGUGAAUAGAUAUCAGCAUUUCACUUUCACUUUAAAAGUUGUUUUCAUUAUCAACACAGGGUUUCCUCUAACCAAAGAAUGGUUUGUUUUUAUAUAUUUUAAAGAAUUCAUUGCACUAUUUUACCUGCAGCAGUUAAAUGUCUCCUUGACUUCAAUGUAACAUGAGGUAAGAUGGUUAGUAUCUCUUGUCGAGAUUUAUGAUUGUUAGCUUCAGAACAGUAGUCCACCUAGUCACUUUUUUUUUUUGUUUUGCACUUUGAAUCCGUGCAUGUUGGGUUAUUGGGACCAUUUGGUUUUUGUUGUUACUGUAUUUUGUUUUAGGUAUGUUUUGUACACUGUUGAAUAGCUUUUUCAUUGUUUUAUGUAAUAGUGAUAAAAAAAGUAAAUCAUUUCUUUGAUGCCACCCUAACAUCCAUGGCUCACCUGAUCAGUCUUACAUGGUCAAGGAUCAUCCAUAGUAAGUAGGUAAAAAAAAGACUCCCAUUAAAAAUGUUUUAGGUUGUAAUCAUCUGGUCAGCAUUUGUUUAAGUCCCAAAGAUGAUCCGUCCGUGCAGUGCAGUGCACAUUGGACCUUUAUGUGAAAAAUUAAACCAGAAAAUUUCUGCAAUUUUCCUUUAAUCACUGAGGGAUACAUUAAACAAAAAACUGAAUCAAUUUUCAUGUUGUACAUUUUAAUUUUUACCAUCACAAGUGAAAUUUAUGUCCAUUGUGAAAGAGACGGGGGUGUGGGGG